AUGGAUUUUGUCUACAGCUUUGGUGUGCAGGUUAUACAGUACCUGCAGAACAACUACUGGCAAUACCAUGACUUCAUUGAUUUUGUGUCAGUAGUGGGUGACCCUCGUAAUAUUUUCUCUGUUUAUUUCCCUCUCUGGUUCCAUCUCAGUCACAAUGUUGGCACCAAGAUGAUUUGGGUGGCUGUCAUUGGAGACUGGUUCAACCUUAUUUUUAAAUGGAUUUUAUUUGGGCACCGACCAUACUGGUGGGUGCAAGAAACACCCUUCUACCACAAUGAUUCAAAACCACAUUUGGACCAGUUUCAUAUAACUUGUGAAACAGGGCCAGGCAGUCCAUCUGGUCAUGCCAUGGGCUCAUCAUGCGUGUGGUAUGUGAUGAUCACUUCUGCUUUAAAUUUUGCUCGGCCUUCCCACGCCUCAUCUGUACACAGCUUUCAAAGGUUUUGUCUUCUGAGGUCCUUUUUGUGGAUGACUUUCUGGGUCAUUCAGAUAAGUGUUUGCAUCUCCAGGAUUUUUAUUGCAACACACUUUCCACAUCAAGUUAUCCUCGGUGUUUUCACUGGCAUGCUGAUUGCUGAGGCCUUUGAUCACAUCCCCUCAGUCUACAAUGCAAGCUUGAAAGUUUACCUCCAAACCAACAUUUUUCUUUUCUCUUUCGCUGUUUGCUUUUAUUUGCUCUUUAAACUGUUGGAUAUCGAUCCCAUGUGGUCAGUCAGCAAAGCCAAGAAGUGGUGCGCUAACCCAGACUGGAUCCAUCUCGACACAACGCCUUUUGCCGGUCUGGUUAGAAACCUGGGAGCCUUGUUUGGGCUGGGCCUGGCAGUGAACUCUGAGAUGUUCGUUCAGAGCUGCAAAGGGAAGAACGGCUGCAAAAGUAUGUUUAAACUCAUGUGCGUGACUGCAACGCUCACAUUUCUGCAACUGUACAACUUUAUUAAAAUGCCCACUCACAAUGAGGCUCUGUUUUAUAUACUGUCGUUCUGUAAAAGUGCUUCAAUACCUCUCGGUGUGGUUGCUGUUAUUCCUUACUGUGUUAAUUUGCUCAUCAGAGAGCAUGAAGAGAGGAAGCUAGCUUAGACUGUUGAGCAGCUUUCAAGUUUUACAAUAUUACCCCCAACACUUAUUGAUCAAGGAUAUCAGCAAGGUUGAAUGGUAGUGUUGGCAAACAAGUGUAAAUAUGUAUGUGUAUUAUGGAGGUAAUCACACGAGACUGAAACAGUGUAUGUUUAAAAAAGUUGCAUUUGUGGGUUUGAAUAGCAUGUUUUGAAAUUUCCAUUUGCUUGAUCUGUUGCUUACCUGAGUCCAUUCUAUGGUGUUUGUUUUAUAUGUAAAUCACAAUAACUGUAAAGACUGUUCAAUUUCUUAUUAAAG